CCCCUCCCUUCCCCCUCCCCGCCUCCCUCGCUCUCCCCCGGGCGGCCGGAGACGGCGGCGGCGUCUGCGGGAAGCCGUGUGUCUCCGCAGUGACGUGGGCGGGCCGAGGGCUCGGUGACGUCAGAGGGCUGUGUGUAGCGAUGUGUGUGGGGUUCGGAGCGGCGCCGGCACAGCUGAAGGGAGCUGGCGAGCGGCGGCGGUGGCGGCAGCGGCGGCAGCGGGCACAGAUUAAUUAAAAGAAGAAUGAACAGCAAUCCUUGAAGAUAACUGGGCAAUUUUUCUUUAAAUCAUCUUUAAUUGUAGAAGUUGAAGUGGAGUCAGAGGCUCUUCUUAUUGGUGUGAGAAUUUAUACAAGCCUUCAGCUUGUCAACACACACUAACAGAGCAUCAUUUUUAGAGAAGAUACUUUCUUUUUUCCUUUUUUGGAGUGUUGGUGCCAAAAAUUAAAUUUGGGUGCAUCAUUUUGAUGUGUCUGUGUCUAGGUUUUAUGCACAAGUACUUUUAUAAACUUUUCAUUUGUUCUGUUCAAACCAAAUCAUUGCAUCAAACCUGGAAAUCUUGAAUUGAGAGAAUUGAUAACUUUAUUUUAAUACAUGUAUCUGAAGAAUUAAAAGAACUGAAGGCUUCCUCAGAGGUGUGCCUCUUGAAAUUCUUUUAUUAUUGGAGACAAAUUUUAUAGCAUUUACAGUGAAAUUACCUAGAAUAUAAGUAGAACCAAAACAGAGUUGCAAAAUCUAUUGAGUAAUUUAGGGAGAGUUCUCUUUGGAAAUUUAAAUUUUCUCUAACUUACCAUACAUAAGUUACCAUACAUAUUGGUAUAUGUUACUCUUCUCCAAAUAAGCAGCUAAAUAACAAUGCAAGUGUCAGACUCACUUAUUUAAUACAAUAGUUUUUAUCCAUGGAAAACCUGCAGACAAAUUUCUCCUUGGUUCAGGGCUCAAAUAAAAAAAUGAAUGGGAUGGGAGAUGAUGGCAGCCCUCCAGUGAAAAAAAGGAUGACAGACAUUCAUGCAAAUGGAAAAAUGUUGAUAAACAAGAUGCCAACAGUAAAGAAGGAACACUUGGAUGACUAUGAAGCGCCAAUGGAAACUGAUGGAGAGCAUGUCAAGCAAACCUGUACCUCGGUUCCCGAACCUCUACAUUUAAAUCCCAGUUUGAAACAUACUUUGGCACAAUUCCAUUUAAGUAGUCAAAGCUCUCUGGGUGGACCAGCAGCAUUUUCCGCUCGGUAUUCCCAAGAAAGCAUGUCACCUGUAUUUCUGCCUCUUCCAUCUCCUCAGGUUCUUCCUGGUCCACUGCUCAUCCCUUCUGAUAGCUCCACAGAACUCACUCAGACUGUGUUGGAAGGGGAGUCUAUUUCUUGUUUUCAGGUGGGAGGAGAAAAGAGACUCUGUUUGCCCCAAGUCUUAAAUUCAGUUCUCCGAGAAUUUUCACUGCAGCAAAUAAAUACAGUGUGUGACGAAUUGUACAUCUAUUGUUCAAGAUGUACUUCAGACCAACUUCAUAUCUUAAAGGUCCUGGGAAUACUUCCAUUCAAUGCCCCAUCCUGUGGGCUGAUCACAUUGACUGAUGCACAGAGACUAUGUAAUGCUUUGUUGCGGCCCCGUACUUUUCCUCAAAAUGGUAGCAUACUUCCUUCUAAAAACUCAUUGGCUCAGUUAAAGGAAACAGGCAGUGCCUUUGAAGUGGAACAUGAAUGCUUGGGCAAAUGUCAGGGUCUGUUUGCACCCCAGUUUUAUGUUCAGCCUGAUGCUCCGUGCAUUCAGUGUCUGGAAUGCUGUGGAAUGUUUGCGCCCCAGACAUUUGUGAUGCAUUCUCACAGGUCACCUGACAAAAGGACUUGCCACUGGGGAUUUGAAUCAGCCAAAUGGCCUUGCUAUCUUCAUGUGAACCAAAAAUACUUAGGGACACCUGAAGAAAAGAAACUGAAGAUAGUUUUAGAAGAAAUGAAGGAGAAGUUUAGCAUGAGAAAUGGAAAGAGAACUCAAUCUAAGAUAGACACACCAUCAGGAAUGGAAUUACCGUCAUGGUAUCCUGUUAUAAAGCAGGAAAGUGACCAUGUUUCUCAGACGCAUGCAUUUUUACACCCUAGCUACUACUUAUACAUGUGUGAUAAAGUGGUUGCCCCAAAUGUAUCACUCACCUCUGCUGUGUCCCAGUCUAAAGAGGUCACAAAGACAGAGGCAAGUAGAUCCAUACCAAGACAGUCAGAGAAGCCUCACAGUAGUGGGAAACAUCAAAAAACAGUGUCUUAUCCAGACGUCUCACUGGAGGAACAGGAAAAAAUGGAUUUAAAAACAAGCAGAGAAUUAUGUAACCGUUUAGAUCCAUCAAUCUCAAAUAAUUCUGUAAGUAAAAAGAAACCUGAGUCUACCACUUGCAAUUUAAUCAGAGACACAACCAGGGUGGGAAUUGACCACGAUGCUGCAGCUUCAUCUUCGUCUCCACUUCUUGUCAGAGAUGUCAUUUGUGAGGAUGAUAAGGGAAAAAUCAUGGAAGAAGUAAUGAGAACUUAUGUAAAACAACAGGAAAAAUUGAACUCAAUUUUGCAGAAGAAGCAACAACUUGAGAUGGAAGUUGAAAUGUUGAGUAGUUCAAAAGCAAUGAAGGAACUCACUGAAGAACAGCAAAAUUUACAGAAAGAGCUUGAAUCUUUGCAGAAUGAACAUGCUCAAAGAAUGGAAGAAUUUUGUGUUGAACAGAAAGACUUAGAGAAAAAAUUAGAGCAGGUAAUGAAGCAAAAAUGUACCUGUGACUCAAACUUAGAAAAAGACAAAGAGGCUGAAUAUGCAGCACAGUUGGCAGAACUAAGACAGAGAUUGGACCAUGCGGAGGCUGACAGGCAAGAACUUCAAGAUGAACUCAGACAGGAACGGGAGGCAAGACAGAAGUUAGAGAUGAUGAUAAAAGAGUUAAAGCUGCAAAUUUUGAAAUCAAAGACUGCUAAAAUAUAGAAAUCUUUAAAGAGAUUCAUCUGUAUGUUCCUGACAGAAUUUAUUUUUGUUUGUUUGCUUUGCUAAUUCUGAACAGCUUAUCUGCAUGAAGAUAACUAGGCAUUCUAUCCAUUUGUAGAUCAGAGAAAGUGAAGAGAUUAUAUAUUAGUACAUAAAUUUUUACAUUUCCAAAUGAAUGAAAAUGUAUGUUUCUUUGUACUUUUUUCCCCCCAAAAAGCUUAGUAACAGUACUCUAUUAACUAUUAGAUACUCUGCCUAUAUUUCUAAUGCAAAUUUAACAGUUGUAUACUUUUUAAAAGCUGCAUUGAGUGAUGGAAAAUAGUUGUGAGUUUUGUUAUCCAUAUUUCAGACUCAAUUUUAGAUACAAUGGUGGCUUCAUAUUUCAAAUGUAUAGAAAUAUUCAAGGAGUUGAAUCUCUAUUGUUUUCAUUAACAUAAUCUCUUUUCUAAGCUGAUAUACCAUACUCAUUAUUAUAUACAAAGUUUGUCUUUAUUUUGUUCAUAUUUGUGGAAUGAAUUUCCUUCAGUUCUCUAGUUUUUAAGGUUUCCUGAGAGACAUUUUUGUUAAAAGAAGAACUUCAGUGAUGAAGUUACGGCACACGCCACGGACAAACGGGGAAGGAUGAUAUGCAUCAUUAUAACCCUGCUGCUAAACAGAACAGGCAGUUUUUUUUCUUUUUUUUGUUUGUUUGUUUUUUGGUUUAAGCAUGGUUAUAUUUAGAUUUUUUUUAUGCAGCAGCUUCAGGAGAGGGAAUAAAAUGUAAAAAUUUCUGAACUUUUGUUUAUGUUGUUAAUAGCGGUGUUGAAAUGUUACUGUUCUUGAGAAAAACUGAUACCACUGAUGUACAUCAGUUUUUAUACAAUCCAUAAUCUUCCUGUACAGUUUUUAUAUGUAGUUGUGGGGCUUACUAAAAUUUAUAUAAUGGAUUUGUUUUCCUUGAUGCCUUUGUUUUCCUUAAAGUUGUAAAAUAUUAAACACCUUGAAUGUUAUUUUGGACUUUUGUAUGUUUAAAUGUUAAGUCUUAUCAAAAUUUGCACAAAUGGACCAUUUCAAUUAUGACAAUGUCAAAAUCAGGAAUUUACAGUCAACUGAUACAAUUUAUGAUAGAUUAAUAUAGGUAAGUUUAGUUAUAUGCUACUAAAAGAUUUUUAGAUAAUUUUUAGAAGACAGGAAUCCCAUAGUUUGUGAGAGGGCAACAUCUGCACUUUUU